AUGCCGAUCGCCCCUGGAUGGCUUCUAUAUUCUAUCGAGUACUUCUGUCUUCUUGAUCGUUGCAACAAUGGUAUCGAUCAACUUCUGUCUAAUUGUCUUCUUUCAAUUUCUACAAUGAAGCAAGUUAAACUAAGUGGUUUUUUUACCAAAAGACAAAGACCUAAUCCUAAUGAAAGUGGUGAAGACUGUUCCCAAAUACCAAUCACCAAUCAAUCAAUUCCUUCCGUUUCUAAUCCUAAUGCAACUCCACAAACACCAAUCACCAAUCAUUCAAUCCCUUCGGUUUCUAAUCCAACUCCACAAACACCAUGUUCUAACCAACCUAAUGAUAACGUUGACUUGAAAGAUCUUCCAAAGGACCCGGCGGAUAGGCCAUUGAUUACAAGUUACAAUUCAAAUAUAAGAGAUGAUGUAAGAAGAGCAUAUUUGCUUCAAGGGCCGUGUCAAAAUUGUGCAUAUUGUUUAUAUUGUUAUUUGUGUGGCGACCUCAUGGGACAAAAAGGAGGGAGAGAUGCAUUUGUUUCCCAAGGUUUUGAUACUUGGAAUAAAAAAGAUGCAUUUUGGACUCAUGUGGGUGGUGUUGAUAGUUUUCACCACAAAGCAAGAGAAAAGUGUGAGUUUUUAAUGAGGGAAAAACAAGCAAUUAAUGUAGUCUUGAGGAGACUUUUAUUAAAAACCGGUUUACCGUUUCGUGGUCAUGACAAGUCGGUUAACUCGGAAAAUAGAGGGCUUUACAUUGAAGUGUUAAAAGCCAUUCGAGAAACUAGUGAAGAGAUUUUCAACAAUACUUUAGAAAAUGCUCCUAAAAACAAUCAACUAAUUUCCCCUAAAAUUCAAAAAGAACUUGUGCAAUGUUUUGCACAAGAAGUACUUUUGAGUAUUCGUGAAGAGAUUGGUCAAGAUGAACAAAUGGCUAUUGUUUUGCGUUAUGUCGAUAGUCUUGGAUUUGUGAAAGAAAGAUUCAUAGGAAUAGUGCACGUGAAGGAUACAUCUUCUUUGACCCUCAAAAACGCCAUAAAUGAAGUACUUACAAGUAAUAAGUUGAGUUUUAGUCAGAUAAGAGGACAAGGUUACGAUGGGGCUAGCAAUAUGCGAGGGGAAUUCAAUGGUUUGAAAGCUUUGAUAUUACAAGAGAAUGACACGGCUUUUUAUGUACAUUGCUUUGCACACCAACUUCAACUAGUAGUUGUGGCUGUAGCAAAGAAGCAUGAUGGUGUUAGUGACUUUUUUGAGCAAAUUUCGUUGGUGGUUAAUGUUGUUUGUGCCUCGUGUAAAAGAAAAGACUUACUACGAGAGAAAGCAAGAGAAAGGGUGCAAAAAGGCUUGUGUAGUGGUGAUCUUGAAACAGGAAGAGGGUUAAAUCAAGAGACUACACUUGUUCGAGCGGGAGAAACAAGAUAG